CGGUCAGAAGAAAAUCAGCCAUUUCCACACCCGUGAGAGAGAGAGAGAGCCCCAAAUUCCGAAAGAGAGGGUUGGACAGCCCAUCUCACCCUUUCAAUGGCCGAAUCUCAGAACCCCACCAUUUCAAUGGCCCAAUCUCAAAACCCCACCACCAUCAUUGAAUCUCUAGGUGAAGAAAUCAUCAGAAUCAUAGCUCCUGUCUCCACAUGCAUGCUCCUUGUCGUCCUCCUUGUCACCAUUCUCAAUACCUCUUCUUCUACUUCUUCUUCCUCAUCUCUCACCACCAUUGCUACCAUUGCCUACAAUGAAAACUCCUCAGACUCUGAUUGGAGCAAGUUCGUCGGCGCUCUCCUCAACUCCCUUGUCUUCGUUGCCAUCGUCACCGCCAUCACUUUCCUUCUCGUCCUCCUCUUCUACUUCAGGUGUAUCAGAUUCCUCAAAAUCUACAUGGGUUUCUCUGCCCUUGUUGUCCUCGGCUUCAUGGGUGGCGAGGUCGCUCUCCUCCUCAUCAAGGACUUCCGCAUCCCCAUUGACUGCAUCAGCUUCCUCAUUGUCCUCCUCAAUUUCACUGUCAUGGGCGCCAUCUCCGUCUUCACGUCGCGGGCCCCGAUCCUGGUCAAUCAGGGGUACUUGGUGGUGAUCGGGAUGCUCGUUGCUUACUGGUUCACACUGCUGCCCGAAUGGACCACUUGGGUCCUGUUGGUUGCCAUGGCUUUGUAUGAUUUGGCCGCUGUCUUGUUGCCAGGUGGGCCGCUGAAGCUCUUGGUCGAGCUUGCAAUUUCUAGGGAUGAGGAUAUACCGGCUUUGGUUUAUGAGGCACGGCCCGUUACCGAUUGUGGGUCGGCGCCAGCUUCAGCACCAGGUGCUGAGAGAAGGUUGUGGAGAGGAAGGAGGGAUUCGGGUUCUUACUUGGGUGGUUCUUCUUCGAAUUUGAAUCCGAAUUUGACUGUUGGCGAUCUUCUCCAGAAGGACACUGCAUUGGCUAUUGCUGAAGAGGGACAUGUUUUGGGUGGGCCAGCUGCUGAGUUAUCGGCACCAUUAAUCAAUCGGCGACUGGAAAGGCCGGAUGCGCGGGGAGAAGAAGCGGCAUUGGAUGAAAGUGGGCAGUUUGAAUUCGAAGGAAUUGGGUUGGGCUCAUCUGGUGCAAUCAAGUUGGGGCUAGGGGAUUUUAUCUUUUAUAGCGUGUUGGUCGGAAGGGCCGCAAUGUAUGAUUUCAUGACGGUCUAUGCUUGUUAUCUUGCUAUUAUAGCUGGCCUUGGUAUCACUUUGAUGCUUUUAGCUUUUUACAGGAAGGCAUUGCCUGCUCUUCCUGUGUCUAUUGCUCUAGGCGUCUUGUUUUACUUCUUGACUCGGAUUUUUCUAGAAUUGUUUGUUGUCCAAGUUUCAGUAAACUUGCUAAUGUUUUAGAUUAAAAAAUUGAAUUUAUGGGAGUUUAUGUUUAUGAAAAAAAUUAUGCUUAUCGA